AUGAAGAGGACACUGCUUGUGCUGGCCUUGCUGGUGACCACAGAGCUGGGCAUCCAGACAGCAGAAGCGUGUCUUGUGUUCUAUGAAGUCUUUAUCAAUUUGGCUGUAGGAAAGAGGGAAUUACUGAACGCCUCCCUUAAUAAGCCCAAUGCCACUGCAGAAGAAAAGGCAGCCUUUGGAAAAAUCCAAGAUUGCUACAAUGAGGCCGGAAUUCAAGCUAAAUUCUUGGAUGCAAAUGCCAUGUUAGCCAUCACCCUCAGUAAGGACUGCAAGGCAUUCUACAGCAAAGAAGUGAGAGAGAAGGUGGUGGCAUUGUUUUCCUUAACCAGCCAUCUCUGAGAAGAUGAACCACUGCCAGAGAAUCCAGACUGGAGUGAGCGCCUGCUUACUGUCUCCUGACGCUGGGACCCAGACCCCUCUCCCAUUGAUU